AAGUGGAAAUGCAAAGAGUUGCCCACUUGAGUGCAGCAAGUCUUGAUGUGAAUGUUGUGGAUCUUUCCGAAAGAAUAACGCUACCGACCGAACCCGGUCUUUUAAGAUUUGGUACGAAUUGGAUAAUUCGACAAGUGUUAUCAUCGACCUGCUUCGAAGUCCUGAUGGCAGAAGUAAUUACUCCCCAGCGUGGGUGAGGCAAGAAGUUGGAAAGUUGGUCUUGGUUCUUCGCGAAACGAAACCUCAGGUUAUGCACAUUCCAUAUCUUCAAGGUUUUCUAGAAACGGGUAUUGCUCUGAAGCCAUGGGGACUGGCGUACAGCAUUCCAUCUACAUAUUCUGGAACUAUUCCACUGCUGGAUCUCCUAAAGAAUACAAACCGAGUAGGACAAAGAUUACCAGCACUUCAUCCUUUGGAAGAACGGUUCCGAUUAGCACAUGACGUCGCAACUGCAAUAGAAUAUGUUCAUUCCCUGGGAUGGGUUCAUAAAAGCAUUAGAAGUGAUAAUGUGCUUGUUUCAUGGUUAGAAAAUCAUCAAAAGUUCCCCGAAGGACUAGGAUCUGCUUUCCUUGUCGGCUUUGAAUAUGCUCGCCAUAAGACAGCUAUUAGCACUGGGGAAAGAUAUGAUGAUUGGACGAACGAGCUCUACCGCCAUCCAGAGAGGCAAAGUAUACCAGGAGAGCUUCUGGAAGACCGUUACUACCAAAGGUAUCAUGAUAUUUAUAGCUUCGGCGUCGUGCUGCUAGAGUUGGGACGUUGGAAGAGGCUUGAGGCAAGCCCAGAUCAUUUUCAAGACAAAACACCCACAGAAAUCAAACAGGUGUUGCUAAAUUUAAGUGCAAAUAUCUCUCCAUUUGUUGGAUCAAGACUGAAAUCCUGGGCGACCUCGAAGAUCUCAAGGUAUAGGGUAGUGUUUUUCUUUGUUAACAUAGUCAUAGUUUAAAGUCUACCCUCAUUUAUUAUGCCGAGAAAGGUUCACAAACUCGAAGACUUCGCCAAAUAUACAAUAGAUUCGUCCUCUUAUAGUUCGACUGCUGAACUUCCGAACACAAGCAAAGUGUAGGGGAAAACAAGAGCAUUAAUCUAUCAUCACGAUAGUGUGGAUGUAAUGUGAAGUUGUUAAAUUAGCGCACAGAAACGCGGAUAAUGUCGUCUUCCCUUCGUUGCUCAAUUCCAUCCAAAAAGGGUUACAGCCUCACUUCAAAUGAGGCUGUCACAAGAGUUGCGCUUGGGCGUUCACAAGG